AAUCCGUGACGGCUGAUCCCCCGAGCGCCCGGCGUCGGGGCCUGGGGAGGAUGCGGAACCCAAGCGCGGCGUGGCUGCUGGGGGCCGCUGUCCUGCUGGCGGCCUCUGUCUCCUGCAAUGGCACUAUCCAAGGAGCCAAUAGAUCCUCUAAAGGAAGAAGUCUUAUUGGUAAGGUUGAUGGUACAUCCCAUGUCACUGGAAAAGGAGUUACAGUUGAACCAGGCUUUUCUGUGGAUGAGUUUUCUGCAUCUGUCCUCACUGGAAAACUGACCACUGUAUUCCUUCCAAUUGUCUACACCAUUGUCUUUGUGGUGGGUUUGCCAAGUAAUGGCAUGGCCCUGUGGGUCUUUCUCUUCCGAACUAAGAAGAAGCACCCUGCUGUGAUUUACAUGGCCAAUCUGGCCUUGGCUGACCUCCUCUCCGUCAUCUGGUUCCCCUUGAAGAUUGACUAUCACAUACAUGGCAACAACUGGAUUUAUGGGGGAGCUCUUUGUAAUGUGCUCAUUGGUUUUUUCUAUGGGAACAUGUACUGCUCCAUUCUCUUCAUGACCUGCCUCAGUGUGCAGAGGUAUUGGGUCAUCGUGAACCCCAUGGGGCACUCCAAGAAGAAGGCAAACAUUGCCAUUGGCAUCUCCCUGGCAAUAUGGCUGCUGAUUCUGCUGGUCACCAUCCCCUUGUAUGUUGUGAAGCAGACCAUCUUCAUUCCAGCCCUAAACAUCACGACCUGUCAUGAUGUUUUGCCUGAGCAGCUCUUGGUAGGAGACAUGUUCAAUUACUUCCUCUCUCUGGCCAUUGGGGUCUUUCUGUUCCCAGCCUUCCUCACAGCCUCUGCCUACGUACUGAUGAUCAGAAUGCUGCGAUCUUCUGCCAUGGAUGAAAACUCAGAGAAGAAAAGGAAGAGGGCCAUCAAACUCAUUAUCACUGUCCUGGCCAUGUACCUGAUCUGCUUCACUCCUAGUAACCUUCUGCUCGUGGUGCAUUAUUUUCUGAUUAAAAGCCGGGGCCAGAGUCAUGUCUAUGCCCUGUACAUUGUAGCCCUCUGCCUCUCCACCCUCAACAGCUGCAUUGACCCCUUUGUCUAUUAUUUUGUUUCACAAGAUUUCAGGGAUCACACAAAGAACGCUCUCCUUUGCCGAAGCGUCCGCACUGUAAAGCAGAUGCAAGUAUCCCUCACCUCAAAGAAAUACUCCAGGAAAUCCAGCUCUUACUCUUCAAGUUCAACCAGUGUUAAGACCUCCUAUUGAGUUUUCCAAGUCUUCUGAUGGGAGUUGCACAGUAGGAUGUGGAGCCUAUUUAAUGUUAUGGGGACAUGUCUGUAAUUUCCUAAGCAAACGGGUCUCACCACAUACCAUUUGGAUGCAGCACCUCUUAGGAUUGCUAGAAGCUCCUCUGUUUACAUGAGAAAAAUAGUCCCCCAAAUUAACACUGGUGUCUGUUUCAAAAUUUCUCUACUCAGAUGUCCCUAGAAACUGAACCAACAGAAGCAGACUUUUCAGAAGAUGGUGAAGACAAAAACUCAGUAACUUGCACAAAGUAGACAUGGUGUGAAGACUCACUUCUCAGCUGAAAUUAUAUACACACACGUAUAUAUAUAUAUAUAUAUUACAUCUGGGGUUGUGAUAGACUUGUUAAGGCUUCAGUAACUUCAGAGAUGAUCAGUCCAAUUGAACGACCUUACAAAUGAGGAAACUAAGAUAAAGGAGCUGCCAGAAUCAGGUUUCCAUUCAUCAGAAUCAUUAUGGAUCUUGGUUAGGCACAGUGCCUUGUGCCUGUAAUCCCAGCACUUUGGGAGGCCAACACAGGCAGAUCACUUGAGUUCAGGAGUUUAAGACCAGCCUGGCCAACAUGGUGAAACCUCUUCUCUACCAAAAAUAAAAAGUUAGCUGGGUGUGGUGGUGCAUAUCUGUAAUCCCAGCUACUCAGAAGGCUGAGGCACGAGAAUCAAGUAUCACUUUAACUCAGGAGGCAGAGGUUGCAGUGAACCGAGAUUGCCCCACUGCAGCCUUAGUGACAGAGUGAGACUCUGUUUCGGGAAGAAAAAAAAAGUCAUUGUGAAUUUUGUUCAAAAUGGGGAUUCCUCAGAUUCAGUAAUGAGAGCUCAGACUCUGGGAACAGGGUCGGGGAAUCUGUGUGGUACAAGCCUGCGUGAUGUUUAUGCGCACAAAGAUUUGAGAACCAUUGAUCUGAAUGCUGCUUUCAUUUGACAAAGUGCUGUGAUAAUUUUUGAAAAGGGAAGCAAACAAUGGUGCCUCUUUUAUGUUCAGCUUAUAACAAAAUCUGUUUGUUGACUUAUUAGGACUUUGAAUUCCUUCUUUAUUAACCCUUUGAGUUUUUGUAUGUAUUAUUUUUACUUCAAGAAAAAUAUGGCUGGGUGCAGUGGCUCACGCCUGUAAUCCCAGCACUUUGGGAGGCUGAGGUGGGAGAUCAUGAGGUCAGGAGUUCAAGACCAGCCUGACCAACAUGGCGAAACCUGUCUCUACUAAAAAUACAAAAAUUAGCCAGGCGUAGUGGCACAUGUCUGUGAUCCCAGCUACUCAGGAGGCUGAGGCAGGAGAAAUGCUUGAACCUGGGGAGGUGGAGGUUGCAGUGAGCCGAGAUUGCACCACUGCACUCCAGCCUGGGCGACAGAGCGAGACUCUGUCUCAAAAAAAAAAGCCAGACAUGGUGGCAUUUGCCUGUAGUCCCAGCCACUUGGGAGGCUGAGGUGGGAGUAUCACUUGAGCCCAGGAGUUCUGGGCUAUAGUGCACUAUGCUGAUCGGGUGUCCACACUAAGUUCAGCAUCAAUAUGGUGACCUCCUGGGAGCAGGGGACCACCAGGUUGCCUAAGGAGGGGUGAACUGGCCCAGGUCGGAAACAGAGCAGGUCAAAACUCCCGUGCUGAUCAGUAGUGGGAUCACACCUGUGAAUAGCCACUGCACUCCAGCCUGGGCAACAUAGCAAGACCCCAUCUUUAAAAAAAAAUACAAUCAGAAUUUUAAAUGGGUAUUUUUGUAUAACUUUUUACUGACUUUAGUGAUAUUUUCAUGUAGUCUAAGUAGUAGAUUGUUUUGCCACUAAGAAUAGCAUUUACUACUUAGUAUUUAAAAAAAAAUUAUUGUUGGAGUAUUUAUUGUCAGUUUUGUUCACUUGUUAACAAAUACAAAAUUAUAAAGCCUUCAGAGGGUUUAGACCACACCUCUUUGGAAAACAGCACUAAAAUAGAUGAAUUUGCAACAUAUUUAAGAGGCACCUGAUGCCAAACUGACUUCAUACAACGAUUGUAUUUGUGACUUUUAAAAAUAAUUAUUUUCUUGUAUAAUUGAUUUAUAAAUAAUACAUUUUUUUAAACAACA